AUGACCGUCGGCGAGAAGGGCCGCGGGACGUCCACACGCAAGAGCUUGACAUAUCAGGCCUUUCCAGAAGCUGCGUUGAGUGGUGCGAUGGAGCGCUACUUUGAGGCUGCUGCCCAGGGCCUGGUGCCUUGGAACGAGGUCGGCGUCGAGAAUGAUUUUGAGCAAGUGGUCAUGGACGAGGAAGACGGCUCCAAAGGACUUCUGUACAUCGGUUUCCUCUCGGCAGCCGUAAGGGAGAUGAUGCUCGAGGUGGAGCAGUCCCGGGCAGUCAGAUACAACGAGAUGAGGAGGGCGUCCUCUUUGUUUCAGAUCCUGAGGAAGUUCUUCGCGAGUGCGUCGGAGGCGGGGGCCGAAACUGCCGAUGAUGCCGAAACCGACGCGGGGAUCGCUCGAGGCAUUUCUUUCUUAGAAGCGCGGCAAGAAGUCCUGAAGAAGCCCAAGCUCUCGGCAACCACGGAGGAACUGUACAUGGCGGGCAUGCUCGUGAUGCGGAGUAUCGAGGAGGGCAGCCCCGUGCUUUACAACAUGCAAAGUCAGCAAGGGCCAAGUGAGACCGUUAAAAAGCACCACGACGACGAUGUCGUCAAACCCAUGCAAGAGUGGCAAGCGGACCAGCCGAUCGAAGCAUUCCUGGAAGAGUUGACAGUGACCACCAAACAGCCGGAGGACUGUGAUGGGCUGGGAGUCGACUUUGGCAGUGUCUUUGUGAUUCGGAUGUACCCGAUCCGUCUUCAGGCCGCAGAGUACUUCGAGGUCCCAGAAGUUGUCUGUGAAGAUGCGGCGGAUCAAGAUGAAAACAGGAGCUAUGAGGAAGCCGAAGCAGAAAGCAUUCCUUCUGCCGGGAGAGAAACUCUCCUUGCUCACACCUUAGGCCUGCAGAGUGCAAGUUCGGCUCGAGAGGAGUAUUCUGUGCUGCUCGACGAGCACGACCAAUGCUUCGCAGAGAUCUUUGAGCUGAAGGCAGAGAUCCAGGACUUGCGGCGUCGAAUCGUCGAGGAGGUGCAGCCGGGCCCUGGUGUCCGUCAAUCCAAGCUCACGCCCGUCUACUCAGUCUACUCGAGGCAGGUUUUUCGAAGCGUGUGCGUUUGGAGUUGUGCCUUCUGUGAAGAUUUGCCGCCUGGCAUCGACCCAGGAAAAGCAGAGACGCCAGAGACGCACUGCUGCAUGUUUUUCGUGGGUCGCGGGUGCUUCAUUGGUUCCAUUGGCACAGGGAGGGGACAACCUGUGGGCGAGACCUGCGACCUGAACAGUCACGGCCUUGACUUCUCGCAAGGAGCUGCCGUGGAGAACGAGGCGAAACUCGACGAGGCAAAGGCUGGGGCGAUGCUUGUAAUGCUUGUAUCUCAGUUCGCGUCAGCACCGCUCUUCAUGCGGCUCUGGUGGGGUCGGCCGAGAACCAUGCCAGUUUCUUUGCCUCUCAAGGGCUGCACGGUGACGGCUGCUGACCCUGAGGAGCCUGGCCUGACAGAAUCUCCCGUCUACUACGGUGAGGUGAUGGUGGGACCAAGCCGGCAGAGCUUCCAGCUUCUCUUCGACACCGGCUCAAGCUUCCUGUGGGUGCCCUCCGCCAGCUGCAGCUCAGCAGCUUGCGUGCUUCACGAGAAGUACAAGAGGCUGCAAAUGGGAGAGGCGGAAGUCAGUCAGGGUGUCGCCAUGAGCUUUGCUUCCGGAAAGCUGGUGGGGCUCCCCGCUCAUGACAAGUUCUGCCUAGGCGGAGACCGUCCAUUGAAGCUCUGUGCCGCGAUGGACCUUCAUGCUGCGGAGCAGGAGAGUGACUUCCCAUUCAUUGACAUGCCAUUCGAUGGCAUUCUUGGCUUGGACCCUACCGGGGAGUCGACGCUUGCGCAGAUGAAUGUGUCGCAACCCAAAGAGCACAGACCCCCCUGUCCGCUGCAGAGAUGCUUCGAGAGCUGCGUAGUAUCACGGCACAGCACUCCAGCGACUGUAGCUGUAACAGCAUGA